UGAAAUAGUUAAUUAAUUUGUCUUAUAAAUAGAGCAGAUUCCGUGCCCUCAAACAUAUAUCGAUCUCUCUCUCCUAUAAUUCUGCAAUUGCAAAUUAAUUAUUAUUUAAUACCCUAAGGAAAUUAUAUAAAUUAGGGAGCAAAAUUUAAUGGCUGAAGAACAGUAUUCGGAGUUAGCUAAUUAUGAAUUCGGCAUCAAGAAGAAUCUAGUGAUCAUCAGGAAUGAGAAGGCCGAAAGUGAAACAUCUGAUGAUGAGAAGGUGAUCUGUGAAGUUCAAAAAGAGCAUGAUGAUACCAAUGAUUGUUGCUCUGAUCCUGUUCAAAGAAUUGUCCAUGGAUUUAAUCACUUUCUCUCUAAUAAAUUCAAUAAGUAUCCAUGCUUGUUUAAUGAACUUGCCAAAACCCAAAAUCCAAAGUUUCUGGUGUUCUCAUGCUCGGAUUCCCGAGUGAGCCCUUCUCAUUUCUUAAAUUUUCAACCUGGAGAAGCUUUCAUGGCUCGUAAUAUUGGCAACUUGAUUCCAAUUUAUAAUACGUUAAAAUACUCUGGAGUUGGUGCAAUCAUUGAAUAUGCAGUAACACAUCUUGAGGUUGAGAAUAUACUGGUCAUUGGGCAUAGUAGUUGUGGUGGAAUUGAAGCACUUAUGUCUGAUCCUGUUGGCUCUGACUUCAUUGAUGAUUGGGUCAACAUUGCUCAAAUCGUCAAGAAUAAAGUCAAAGCUGAAUACAGUAACUUGUCACCUGAGGAACAACGCAAAAUAUGUACUGAGGAAGCGGUGAAUUUAUCUCUAAAGAAUCUUAAUUCUUAUCCAUUUGUUCUUAAAAGAGUUGAAGAGAAAAAAAUAACACUUAGAGGUGGAUACUACGACUUUGUGGAUGGAUCUCUUAAGUUAUGGGAACUUGAGUAGUAAAAUAUUAUAAUUUCAAAAGCUAUAUAUUUAUUAUUGAUUUUCGUACAAUAAUUAAUGUUUUUCAAAAUUAGUAAUACACGUGUGUUUAUGAAAUUUUGUGUGAUGUAUUGCUUAAUUAUUUUAGGGCUCGUUUGGUACGCUGUAUUGUAAUGUAUUGUAUUGUGUUGGAUUGUGUUGUAUUGUAUUGUAUUGUAUUAGUAUUAAUAUUAUUUAAUACAAUACAAUAUUUGGUACUGAGUGGUAUUAAUUGAUUGUGUAAAGUUAUAAUAUAUUUUUAAUACACUCGAUCCCAACACCAACUACGAGUCCGGGUCCCAGGUACCGAGUUCGGGUACGGGUCUAGGGUCCGGGUCAAGGUCCAGGGUUCGGGCCAGGGGCCGGGGUCCGGGUCGGGGUCCCGCGUCUGAGUCCGGGUCCGGGGUCCGAGUUCGAGUUCGGAUCCGAGGUCCAGGCCGAGGUUCGGGCUGGGGUCCUAGGUCCAGGUUGGAGAUUGGUGUUCACCCCAAAUUCUUUGUAAAUAUUAUAAUACAAGCUAAUAUGGACUAUUUAUUAUGUAUUAAAUAAUACAACAUACAUU